CCACGUCUCCAACACUGCAUGUUUACGUCGAACAAGGGGCACGCACUUGACCCGCCACCGCUUAAAAGAAUGCUUCCAACUCUUCUUGUAGUCUUCAGCAGGAACAAAUCAACAGACAGCGACAUAUAUAUACUUUCUGGUAAGGCUUAGACUUUAAUAAAGUUGACUCGGUCCCGAUGACUCGUUGAGAACGAGAUGUGCUAUUCAUAUAUACCACACGCACGUUCGGUGUUUUCUUCUGUUAGAACUUAGAACCAACAACUUAAAGCAAAAUUCUUCAAAGGUUCAGUGCUCGAUCUCGGCAUACUAGGAAAGAUAAACCUCUUGGCCAAACCAUACCGCUUGAGGUACAUCUUCUACUCGACGAAAACUGAACUCCCUUGCUAUUUCAGUUAUCCAACCGAGGAGUAUGAAAGUGGUUCUGCAGCUUGGACUUGGUCUUCUACUUCUUGCGACACAUUAUGUCCCCGCAACUUCAGUUCCUAGUCCUCAAUGCCAAAAGCAGUGUGGCGAUGUUGAGAUACACUACCCGUUCGGCAUCGGCGUGAAUUGCUCACUAGAAGAAUUGUUUAGCGUCAAGUGCCAAGUCCAAGAUGGCAUCUCCAAGCCAAUCUUCGGUGAGAAUUUUGAGCUGCUCAAUAUUUCCUUGGCUAAUAGCACGGUCCGGGUGCUCAAUCAGAUCGCGACAUACUGUUACAACGACACCUCUGGGGACAUGGAUUCUCAUUAUUGGGGGAUCAAGUCUAAAAAUACCCCCUACCGGUUCUCGGACAUCCACAACAAGUUCACCGUCAUCGGGUGCAACACCAUCGGCUACAUCGGUGACGAAGGGAGCUACCUGAGCGGGUGUGUCUCGACAUGCGGCAACCUGUCAGACUUAACGGAUGGCUCCUGCUCGGGCAUAGGCUGCUGCCAGACAGCGAUACCGAGGGGCAUGGACAACUACAAGGUCAACUUCAAUAUGGUUACCAACGCAAGCCAGAUCUUGAGGUUCAGUCGGUGCAGCUAUGCCGUACUGGUGGAGGCAGAGGCAUUCAACUUUAGCACCGCGUACAUCACCACGAACAAGUUCAACGACACGAAUGCUGGGCAGGUACCUAUGGUGAUUGACUGGGCUAUAAGAAAUGAGACUUCGUGUGAGAAGGCCAAACGGAAUGAAACGGGAACUUACGCAUGUCUCAGCGGGAACAGUGAGUGUGUGAACUCCGCCAAUGGACCAGGGUACGUGUGCAACUGCUCCAAAGGGUUCCAAGGCAAUCCUUAUCUUCCAGAUGGAUGCCAAGAUGUCAAUGAAUGUAAUGACGGCCCAUGCCCUUUGGGCGGCGUUUGCCACAACACAGUAGGAGGAUACCGGUGCUCAUGUCGAGCAGGAAGGAAGUUCUCCAAGCAAAACAAAACAUGUGACCCUGAUACCGGCUUAAUAAUCGGAGUUACAGUAAGCUUUCUUGUUCUCGUGAUUUUCUCCUCCUCCGGAUACAUGAUUCUUCAAAAGAGAAAACUGAACAAAGUCAAGCAGGAGUAUUUUCACCAGCAUGGAGGCCUGCUUUUGUUUGAGAAGAUGAAGUCAGAAAAAGGCCUUGCUUUCACGGUAUUUACUGAAGUUGAACUUAUACAUGCCACAAACAACUACGAUAAGAGCAGAAUCAUUGGGAAGGGAGGCCAUGGGACGGUCUACAAAGGGAUAGUCAAGGACAAUAUGCCUGUUGCCAUUAAGCGAUGUGCGCUGAUUGACGAGAGGCAAAAGAAGGAAUUUGGUCAAGAAAUGCUAAUACUCUCUCAAAUCAAUCACAAGAACAUCGUCAAACUCGUGGGCUGUUGCCUUGAGGUGGAAGUUCCGAUGUUGGUCUACGAGUUCAUCCCAAAUGGCACACUGUAUGAGCUUAUCCAUGGCAAGAACCAAGCAUUGCAGAUCUCUUUCAGCACCCUCCUAAGGAUUGUUCAUGAAGCGGCUGAAGGACUUAACUUCCUACACUCAUAUGCAUCUCCCCCGAUUCUCCAUGGCGAUGUGAAGACUGCCAACAUCCUUCUCGACCACAACUACAUGGCCAAAGUGUCGGACUUUGGAGCCUCCAUAUUAGCCCCGUCCGACGAAGAGCAGUAUGUCACAAUGGUUCAAGGUACCUGCGGCUACCUUGACCCUGAAUACAUGCAAACAUGCCAGUUGACAGACAAAAGCGACGUCUAUAGCUUCGGUGUUAUCCUUCUAGAGGUCCUCACCGGCCAGGUGCCUCUGAAACUAGACGGGCCCGAGAAGCACAGAAGCCUGUCAUCAAAUUUCCUAUUGGCUAUGAAGGAGAACAAUCUCGAUGCCGUGUUAGAGAGCAACAUAAAGGGGCAAGAGAGCGCUGAAUUGAUCAGGGGACUUGCAGAGCUAGCCAAACAAUGCCUCGACAUGUGCGGCGGCAAUAGGCCCUCCAUGAAGGAGAUAGCCGACGAGCUCAGCAGACUGCGGAAGCUUUCAUUGCAUCCUUGGGUACAACUCGAAACAGAGGUGGAGACUCAAAGCCUUCUCGGUGGAACAUCAACUGCUAGUUUUGAAAUAGAAGCUGCUACCACUGGGUAUCCUGCACAGGAAGGUGACAACAUGCCCAUGAACCCAAGAAGUUCGUAUUAUGCGAGGUGACUGAAACAUAUGGUGUUGCUCCAUUAAAACUCCUAUUCAUUCAGGGGCAUUUGCUAGCUUUUUUUGAUAACGGAAUUGACAUUUCCGGCCUCUGCAUCAUGAGGUGCAUAUAGCCUAGGGGCAGUUGCUAGCUGGGCUGCUAUCUAGUGUCAAUGACACAAAGUAUUGUA